GCGAAGUUCCGCUAGGCAAACCCGGAGGCCCGGGUUAGGAUCCUCCUCCUGGGGUCCAGGCCCCCAGCCCAUGUUCUAGGGACCCAGGACUCACAUUUUGAAGGCCCCAGAAAUUCAGGCUUCAGGCCUCCCCUCCUAGGCCCUGGGGUCUGGAAUCCACGCCCCCACCACUACCUUCCCCGGAAUCCACAAGUGGUGGGGCGCUCUCGGAGGCCGGCGCGGGGCGGAGGUCCUAGCACCGCCCCCUAGUCCCCGCUACAUUCCAGAUGGCUGGGCUGACUUGCAGCCCUUAUAAGGCACGGAGACUCCGCGCCGGGCCUGGCCGCCCGCCCCCGCAGCCACCGCCCAGGGCCCUCCCGCCGGCCUGGCUCGCGGCGCGCUCGGGCUGGGGCAAGGUUAAGAUCACUCACACCCACGCCGGCCUGCGCGCGGGGCGUGCCCUUUCGCCGAGUUCCUUCCAUUCCCGCUCCCGCAGUGUCUGACCUACUCCGCCUCCCAAGCCGGAUCUUUCUGUGUCGGGGUUCUCAGCAAAGACAGCUGCCAUGCCGGUGACAGUGACCCGCACGACCAUCACCACCACCACCACGUCGUCCUCAGGCCUGGGCUCCCCAACCAUCGUGGGGUCCCCUCGGGCGCUGACCCAGCCCCUGGGCCUCCUCCGCCUGCUGCAGCUGGUGUCCACCUGCGUGGCCUUCUCGCUGGUGGCCAGUGUGGGUGCCUGGACGGGGGCCAUGGGUAACUGGUCCAUGUUCACCUGGUGCUUCUGCUUCUCAGUGACCCUCAUCAUCCUCAUAGUCGAGCUAGGCGGGCUGCAGGCCCGCUUCCCCCUGUCCUGGCGCAACUUCCCCAUCACCUACGCCUGCUACGCCGCCCUCUUCUGCCUCUCGGCCUCCAUCAUCUACCCCACCACCUACGUCCAGUUCAUGUCGCAUGGCCGCUCCCGGGACCACGCCAUCGCCGCCACCACCUUCUCCUGCAUCGCCUGCGUGGCUUAUGCCACCGAAGUGGCCUGGACCCGGGCCCGGCCUGGGGAGAUCACCGGCUACAUGGCCACCGUGCCAGGCCUGCUCAAGGUGCUGGAGACCUUCGUGGCCUGCGUCAUCUUCGCCUUCAUCAGCAACCCGGCGCUGUACCAGCACCAGCCGGCGCUGGAGUGGUGCGUGGCCGUGUACUCCAUCUGCUUCAUCCUGGCGGCCGUGGCCAUCCUGCUCAACCUGGGCGACUGCACCAACGUGCUGCCCAUCUCCUUCCCCAGCUUCCUGUCCGGGCUGGCCCUGCUGUCCGUCCUCAUGUACGCCACCGCCCUGGUCCUCUGGCCGCUCUACCAGUUCGACGAGAAGUACGGCGGCCAGCCACGGCGCUCAAGGGACGUGAACUGCAGCGACAGGCACGCCUCCUACGUGUGCUCCUGGGACCGCCGGCUGGCCGUGGCCAUCCUGACGGCCAUCAACCUGCUGGCCUACCUGGCUGACCUCGUGUACUCAGCCCGCCUGGUUUUUGUUCGGGUGUGAGGCUCCGGCCAGGGGCUCGUGACUCCCCCUUGGGUCCAGCUCCUCACUUCCUCUUCCGGGCUCCCUCUUCCACCUUUCUCCUUUGCUUCCCAGUUCCUCUUGCUCUUUUCUGUUUCUCUCGCUCUGAUCUCCUCUCUCCUUCCUUUCCCGUUUUAUUUGGUUGCCCAUAUCCUGUUCUGCCCAUUUGCCGCGUUGUUUUUAUGGUCUUCUUUUCUCGGCUCCUUUCUGCUCCUCUCAUUUGUUUUCUCAUCGGCCUGUCUCCUGGCCACCCCUUCCCCGUUUUCUUGCUUCUGAUUUCCCUGGGAGCUUGGAGACUUCUUUCUUCUCUGCUCCCACCUCCAAAGGUGCUGAGCUCCACCCGCCCCACACCUCUGUCUGCGCGAUACCCCUGCCCCCCUAGGGGCGUCAUUGCCAAAGCAUGCCUGCCCGCCCUGGCUGUGCCUUGUUGGUGUGUACGUGUGUGUUUGGGGGUGG